AUGUGGCCACAGAAGGCAGAUGACAGCAUGGAUUCCAGGCAGGCGGUAGUGCUGCUGGUGGCGCUGCUGUUAAUAACGGACUAGGGGCACGCUGAAGGACCAGGAGGCUGGGAUAGAGAUCAGAUCUUUGCGGAGGAAGACACUGGACUCCACCCACAGUAGGAUGCCCAGACCCCUGGGUCACUUUUGCGCUCCCUGCUCCAGGUCAUUCAGAAGAGACCUGUCCGGGGCAGAGCCUUCCUACUUCAGCCCCAGAGGUUUGGCAGAAACACCUGGGACUCCUGGAACAACAAAUGGCUGAGUCCCCAAGCUGGGGACGCACUGAGCUCCCCAUUCUGGAGCCUGGCUGCACCUCAGCGCUUUGGGAAGAAGUGACAUGUCAUUCCUUGAUAUGUUUGCAUGCAAAGCCCACACCCCGAAGUGCUAUGUGUCCUCCCAAAUAAAGCUGCCUAGCUUCUGAA